CCCAGCUAAACGGUGAUGCCCACAGUACCAGCUGGCAAGGCAGCACAGGUGCUGUGUGAACAGUAUAAGAUGAGUAUGGCUGCGAAGGAGCGGGAGGCACGACAAAUGAGGGAAGAGCAAAGCCACAGAGAGCAGGAGCUCAGCUCUUUCCAAGAAGCUGGACAGACGGAAUCGGGCCGCACUGUCUCACCUAAAAAAUGAGAUGGAAAUAAAGAAAAAAGGUUUGUGUGAGAAGUCCAAAGAAAAUGCCAAGUUACAAAGAAAAAUAAAAAGAUUGGAGAGGUGGCAGGGAAAAGCGUUGUCACUAUUAGGACAGCAUGGCAUUAGAGAGAAUAUAGGAGUUCGUGCAAGCUCACAUGAUGAGCAUACCAGUGACGAAGAUGCAGACAGACUGCAGAGCCUGCUACUGGAACAGGACAUGCCCGGAGUUCACAAUGUUGACCUUGAACAGCAGCAGCAGCAGCAGCAGCAGCAGCAGCAGCAGAACAUGCCCGGGGUUUCUGUGGCAACCCUUGGAAAGCGUCAUCGGCAGCAGCAGCAUCAUCAGGAGCAACAGCUGGAGCGGGGGAAAAAGCAGGGGAAGGCAAUUAAGAAGAACGCAAACAAAGAGGCGGACAUCAAGGAGGCAGAUGCCAUGGAGGCAGACGCCAAGGAGGCAGACACCAAGGAGGCAGACACGAAUGAGGAUGAGAUGCUAGGGUUCUCCUUCAAUCUAUUCAGAUGUGACCUGUACUGUCCAAUUUCGCCACUGCCGCCAUCACCUAUUCCUAAACGCUGUGUCACAGAAGAUGAGGAUGCUGGAGUGGCUUUGCACGGCAAUGAGAAAUGCAUUGCAGAGGAUGCUGUGGAUUCCCAGGAAGCUGAGAGCGACGCAGGCACUGCCGAUGUGCAGAGUCGGACAUCUGUUGAGAACGUCGUUCAGAAACCAAUAUUGGACAGGCAAACCGCCGAGGGUUAUUCUGCACCUGUGGUUAGCGAUGAAGUGCUUAACGAUAGGCAAGGCGAACUUGCGAGUGAUAUGGAACAAUUGCUCUUUCUUAGCACACAGAACAGACAGCCGAGCUCACUAGAAGCUUGGUUAGAUGACACACCAUCUGUAACUAAUAACGUUGGAGAGGAUAACGUGCCCACGUUUGGGGUACUGAUUCAGGAAACGAAACCACAUAGUACGUCUAACAGCAAAGAAAAAAUAAACGCUCCUGGUAGUGAUAUGGAAAAAACCAAGCGAGGAAUGUCAAACGAGGAUGAUGAAAUAACUCAACCCAGCUCAGCUGCUGCUUCAAAAUCGGAGGCGAAAACCAGCAGGAAUGAGCACGUGCUUCCUUUUAGUGAGCUUGAGUUCGCUGUGACUGCGUCAGCGGCGAGCCGUAGUACGACGCUUAGCCUUCCUCGAGGAAGCGGUCUUGUUGAAACCGUCAACAGCCAAGAUGUUGUGCAGGCACAACACUCUCAGCUGUCAGAGAGCAACAACCACCUGGGUGAAAUCACAAAAAGUGAGGUUAGUCGUAGACCAAAAGAUGCCGAUUGUAGACCGGCGAAGGAGGAGCUUUGUGUGAAUGCAGAGAGUGGCGAUAGCGAGAGCCCAGGAGAUAAAAUUAGCAAGAGGGCAGUAGGCAGGAGUCUGGAAGAGGAGACGAGUAGCAGAAGGGCGAUGAAGAAAGUAGGCAAUGAUGCGGCGAACGACGUUAGUCGGGGGGAAAAUAACGAGAUAGGUUCGUCUGCAAUGAUCAAAGCUCCCAGGAGCUCAACGAAUGAGGUUGUCAGGACCACAACGAAUGACAUUUAUAGGACGACUGCCACGUCGUCACCACGUUUGCCAAAACUACCGUUUGGGAGCACCGAUAACCUCUCCGACAACAGACCGAGACACUCACGGCGUACUUGCACUGCUGCUGCCGCCAUGACGGUAGAGGACGCUGGCAGCAGCGACAGAGAAGAGACACUUCGUUCUCCGGCAAGACGAUCCGCGGUUACGAAGGCGUCGAGCGUAGGACCGGCAGUCAUCACUAGAAGUCGAGAGCGAGCCAGCAUCUCGGAGAGUGAGGCCAGUGUCUCGAAGAGCGAGGCCAAUAUCUCGAAGAGCGAGGCCAAUGUCUCGAAGAGCGAGGCCAAUGUCUCGAAGAGCGAGGCCAAUGUCUCGAAGAGCGAGGCCAAUGUCUCAAAGAGCGAGGCCAAUGUCUCAAAGAGCGAGGGCAAUGUCUCAAAGAGCGAGGCCAACGUCUCAAAGAGCGAGGUCAAUGUCUCAAAGAGCGAGGGCAAUGUCUCAAAGAGCGAGGCCAACGUCUCAAAGAGCGAGGCCAACGUCUCAAAGAGCAAUGCCAAUGUCUCAAAGAACGAAGCCACCAUCUCAAAGAGCGAGGCCAACGUCUCAAAUAGCGAGGCCAGCGUCUCAAAUAGCGAAGCUAAUGUCUCAAAGAGUGAGGCCAACGUCUCGGCAAGCGAAACCAACGUCUCUGAGAGCGAGGCCAACCUGCUACAUGAGAGGAUGACGCGCUCUCGGGCGAAAGCGAUCGCUGCCCUCAUCACGUCUCCGGCGAGCGGAGGGGGACGUCUACCCGAGGACGGCGCCUUGCUGCUGCCCACAAGCAGAAAACGUUGCGCACGUCUCAACCGUGCACGGGAUGCUCCCGGGUCGACACCUAGAGACGCGUCUCCCGGACGGAAGUUGGCAACGAGCCAAGGGAACAAGGAAACACAGGAACACGGUGACAAGGGAAGCAUCGCUGCUCACCAGACUGGCGAAUCUUCUUGCACGGAUGAAACGACAGAGGAAAAGUCGGACACAAGUGUGUUUGUCGCGGACACUGAAACGCUCCUAGCCGAUGUCGCACGACGUAAACGGACAAGAAGAUACGUCAGCUAUGGAUUCACGGUCACCGGUCGUGAAGGAAGUACAGCCAAUGAGAGCAAUGCAGCCGCAGAGGACGGUGAUGAAUCUACACCUGCUCACGAAAUUCCUCCCGAUAUUAAAAAAUCCUCGGACCCGUGUGAUACCCCCAUUUCUGAGAUUAACGAAGCGGUUGAACUAUCUAGCACAAAAACGGACGCCGCACAACCACAGGCCACGGUCACCAAACCUGCAGACUUGCCAAAGAGAAACACGAGGUCACAAGCAUGUCUACGAAAUGUUGCUCCGAUAAAAAUGGCCGUGGUUAUGCAGGACUCUUCUACAACUGAAAUGGAGACGAAUGCCAAGAAUUCAGCCGUAGAACAAAGGCCACAGUCUGUAGGUGGUGUGCUGAGUGAUGUGUUAUCUUCACCCACUAGACGGAUAACCCGAGCAAGCAUGUCAUCUGCUGCCACAGCUGUUAAAUCUCCAAUGCGGAUCACUCGCUCAGCUGGAAAGAUUAUUACCGAUAAACAGGGGUCUGCUAUGCCAAAUAGAAAUGGAAAGCGCUCCAAAAAUAGCAAAAAAAGUGACCAGGGAGAUGGUCUUAAAGCAGAAGUGGCUGCUGAGACUGUGAUACAAACAGAAGACACUAUGGCUACUACAAGAAUGGCUAGUAUUAGACGUUUGGUGGACGAUGGUAUAGACGGUAAAGUGUCAGGCAGAGGCAAGAAUACUCAUAAUGUGACAGUGCUGCCAUCUCGCGGCGAGCAGAGAGAUGAGGUGGGGAAAAGCGAAACUGAUUCUGUUAAUUCAACAGAGAAAAUUGGGAGCACAAACAGGAGCCCUCUGAGCAAACGGCAUUCUAGAACAAAUAGUGGGCAACAUGACUCUCCUCCGUAUUUGUCUCCACGGAUAACAACGCGUGCCAUGUCCAAAUCGUUGUCCUCCGAGUCUGAAGCUGAUAAACCUCUAGUGAAAUCUAAGAGCAAGAAGGAAAAACCCAGUAAGAGCGCUCCGGAAAACGAGCCGGUGCCGAAGAUAUUAAACAGAGGAGAGUUUGAGAAUGGUGAUGCGGACAAAGAUAUUUCGUCAGUGCGAGAAAAACAAAAAGAAGAGGAAAGGCCUGCAAUUGAACAAAAGGAUGCGGCUCGCCACGCUCCAAACGAACCACCGAGUGUCUCGCAAAGACUCGUCUUACCUGCCCCAACUGUUCCCACGGCAAACGCCUUCACCGAAGUAAGGGCUCCGGAGACCAGCGGACUGCGAUCGGUGACGCCUCUGUCGCGCUCCGACGGCUCCUUGUCGAUAUCGCCGCCGGUGUCGGCGUUUUCGUCGUCGCCGAUGGGCCCACCGGGGGAGCCACUGUCGCCGAUGCGCGACUCGCCCGUCGAGUCGGCGCUGAGUCCGCUCUCGAUGUCGCCGCUGUACGAACUUCUCAGCCCUGUCUCACCGCUCCCGCCAACGCCGAUCCGGCAUGAGGGGGCGCCACCGCCACCGUCGCCGACGCUCACGCCACCGACCGUCGCCGUGUCGCCGCUGCCGGGGACUCGUCUGCGUCCGCUCGUUUCCCCGCUGCAGGCGGUCGCGGCGGCCAAUCAGAAGUCGCCGUGUGUGUUCGGGACGGCGGCGCCGGCGACCGCGCUGCCUGUGCGUCCGCAGCCGGCGGCGGCGCCUCCCCCGCUGCACUGCUGCGCGGGCAGACGCUCGCUCCUCAGCGACGCGUUCCGGCGUGACGUGCGCUCGCCGACGGGCGCUUCGCUGCUCAGCCCGCCGAUCACAGAUGAGGAGGAGCCGUCGCCGUCCGCCUUCAAGAAGACGAGCGCGUUUUUCGGCGACUGCGCGGCAGCGGCGGCGGCGGCGCAGAAACGCUGGCUGCAGGAGGGGGUCGGGAGGGUCGCCGGCCGGGGGGGAGAUGGCAGGGGGAGUUCUGUCGGGGCGAGCGGGGCUUCGGCGGAGGGCGGGCCGCGCGAGAGAAGUGCGGGCGAAGGGGUGGGGCUAGCGUGGAAAGCCGGGGGCGCUGGUGGGGGGCCGGGCUGGCCAUGGUGGAGAGCUGCCCAUGCCAGCGGCGGGGCGUCAGUUAAGAGCCGGCGGUUAUGCUUGCUGGCGUGGCGCCAUGGUUGUCGCAAAGAGCCGCGGUGGCGCCCAUUGGAGAGCCGCGGCCCGGGGUUGGCCAUGUGGAGAAGCCGCGGUGCUGGCAACGUGGGGCCAUGUUGGCAGAGCCGCCGUACGCGGCGUGGGUGGCCAUGUUCGGGAGCAAGCCACCCAUGCUGCGGGUGGUGCCAUGUUGGAGAGCUGCCGGUGCUGCGUGGUGGCAGCCAUGUUGGAGAGCCGUCGGUGUUGCGUAUAGGCAGCCAUGUUGGAGAGCCACCCAUGCAGCGAGGUGCUGGCCAUUUUGGAGAGCCGCCGGUGCCGCAGGGCGGCGGCCAUGUUGGAGAGCCGGCGGGACUGCUGCUCGCCUGCGAUUACCUGUCGCCCGCGCGACGCGGCGCGGAAUCGCGCGUCGAGCGAACGAACCGCGCUGCGAGUGAUGCGAGAAAGUCCGUGCAGCAGCAGCAGCCGUCCGUUAGCCCUCAGCUCACUAACUACAGUGAUGUGGGUCCCAAAGUGCCGCGUAAGAGAUGCGCCCACGUACCGAAAUCGGGACUGCAAGGCGUUGGAGGCGGAAGCGAAUGCGCAUCUCGAACUUUUGGCUCUGGAAUAGAUCCCAUCAGACCUCUAACGGUCGACGUCUUCUGCCAUGCAGAAAACUCGUAUGAGGAGCUUGUGCAGAGCAAAGGGAGAGGUGAGUCGUCGAAGAAGAAAUCGCAACGUAAUAGAGUCAUAUGUGCGACAGUGGAUUCUGAGGAUAGUGAAAAACUGCAAGGGCCUGCGAAGGAAUCGACUCCUCCGAGACAAGAACGUACAUCUCAUGUUAAUGAAACAUUCGUAGCUAAAGCUUGUGAAUCACCAAGCACCUCAGCUAUCAGUAACUCUAAGCUACCCUUGCUAAAACCCAUUGCACAUCAACAGCAGGAAUUGAGCAUCGCAGAACAAACGCAUGUGGAAUAUUGUGCUACUGAUUCAACAAAUGUGCAAGAUGAUGAUAAUUCAGUGACGCCAUCUGGUGAGCAACAACGUCUUGGAGCCGGUUGGCCCGAGCAGACGAGAAAGCGGAGCAGUAAUUCAUCUGAUGUCUGUGAUAGAGCCAGCAAACGACCUAGCUUAGACCAUUUGAUGACCGAGGAAACUGAACCUCCAGUGAGAAGCAAAGUAAAGAACAAAUUUCUAGAGAAGAGUAUCAACUUUCUGUUCAGAAAUGCACAGCCAACCAUUGAGAGUAUGGAGUGUCAAGCGAAGCGACUCGUCACAUCUGAGAUGUUUACUAACCCUCAGUUGCUUGUUCAGAAGCUUAUAGCUGGUCUUUUGAGGAACCAUGUUGACAUUAUGCCACACCUAGUUUUACUUUGUCAGAAGGAUUCACUACCAGCAAGCCCUGUCCUGAGUGAUGCUGAGUUUAAAGCAACACAUCUAAUUUGGAUUUUAAAUCGAAAAACAAAGACGGUUGGCAUCGCUGAACAGUUCUUCAAGUCUCUGCUAACAUCAAUAUUCAAUUCUAAAACUGUAGCAGCACAAGUCAUCCCAUCUCUCUGCCGCACAUACGUCGGGCUCUGUCGACUGAUUGCUGACCACCAGAGGGCGACUGUGUUUUACUGUGAUCUGCUGGACUGCCAUUCAUCACAGUUACCUGUCGUUCUUGCUGCAUUGGCCGGCGUGUGGCCUCUACCGCUCACGAAAGCUGAUGAAGAUGGCCUUAUCAUACCAACAGUGCAGUACAUUAUCCUUCAAAAGCUACGUGCUGAAGAAGAUGUAAAACGUUGUUUUGCGUUACUCUGUAACUGGAAGGUAGAAGAAGUCCUACCAAGAAAACAGCUUCUCACAGACAUGAUGCAGAGGCUGAUAUCUCUUGCACCAAGUCGCCUUGUUUCAAAUCCUACAAGUACAGAACCAACAGCGUUCACUGCCGAGGCGUUUGAAGUUGUGAAGUCGCUGGAGUUGCUGGCACAUUUCGAGGGCUGGAAGUGGACGAACGACUGCAUUAUCUGCGAACUCAUGUGGCCACUGCUGCAGAAGUGGAGUCAGAAGGCAAAGGACGAGGAUGGCAAAUUGUAUUGCUGUGAUGAGCUGAUGGUGACUGUGCUCAAACUACUCG